ACAUAAAAAGGUUUUCUGCAAUAUUGCAAUAACGAUUCAUGGGUUCGUUUCGUGUCCAAUAACACUUGUGCCACUCAGCGAUCGUCCUAACCAACGAACGAAAAAGUGCCGAGAGUCGAGAGACGGACAAGAGCGGGAUACUAAAUAUACUCAGAGAUGUGCAAUUCUGCUACUUUUGCCUAAUUACGGUACGGCACAGAACAAUACGAUAGCCUACAACUAUUACUGAGCACAGGUAUUGUUUUUGAUCUCAAAAGACAAGUUUGAAAACUUCGAAAUGUUAUUUCCAAUUGAUAUCAGCAUUGCAUCUCCAAUUCACUGUCUCCUUGUAGCAGGAUUCGCUUCCUUCUCAUUAGUAUACUGGACCUGUGCGGCCUUUCGCUUUAACAUUAGGAUGGGAUUGUAUUAUCUAUAUUUUAUUUGUAUGGCAACAAUGCUUUUACCUUUCAUGCUUUGGAAUGGGAGAUCAAGAAAAAACAUGUUAUGGUGCUCGUUUGCACAGCGGGUGAGUGGAUGGCUUUUUGGAUUACAUGGUGAAGUUAGUCAUAUAGAAAAUCUAGUCACCAAUGGACCUUCAAUUAUUGUUAGCAAUCAUCAAAGUGCAAUUGAUACUACUGGCAUGGGCAAGCUAUUCACUGAAAGAUCUACCAUUCUGGCUAAAAAAGAAUUACUGUAUGUUGGCCCAUUUGGACUAGCAUUAUGGCUUUCUGGUUUCGUGUUUAUUGAGAGAUCAAAUAAGAAGCAGUCAUAUCAAAUUCUUGAUGAUGUUGCUAACAAAGUGAAAAAUGAGGGUCUCUGCGUUUGGAUUUUUCCUGAAGGGACAAGAAACACAAACGAAGAAAUGUUGCAAUUUAAAAAGGGUGCAUUUCAUCUAGCAAUAAAAGCACAAGCACCUAUAGUUCCUGUCGUAUUCAGUUCUUACAAAAAUUUUUUCAAUCCAAAAGCCAAUAUUUUCACCAGUGGAAAGUAUGUUAUGGAAAUCUUGCCUCCUGUAUCAACAGAAAACCUAACGUUGGAUGAUAUAUCAAAACUUUCGAAUGAUGUCCGUUCUCAGAUGAUGGAUGUAUUCAAUAGACUGUCUGCAAACAACUAUAAUUAAUAAUUGUGUAAACAAGUGCUGCUGGUUAUUACAUUUUCAAUUUGUAUACCAUUGCCCUGUAAAUUUCAUGAAUAAUUUCGUUGCAACAUAACAAAUGAAUCCAAUCUACAGCUAUUGAUUACGGCAUAAUGAAUAAUUGAACUUUAUAACGAUGCUUACUUUAACUCUGUGAUAUAGGAUUCUUGUUUGGGUGCUGGUGUGGAAUGUCAUGGUACUCACUAAUUAUCAAUAUUAAGUUUAACUCUUCAAUUCGAAUAUGUAUACUCUGUUAUUUUAUAUACAUGAUAAUAUUACCUUUACAUCGCGAACAAAUAUGUAAUGUAUGUAUAAUCUGUUAUUUCAUAUACAUGGCAAUAUUACCUUCACAUCGCGAACAAAUAUGUAUACUCUGUUAUUUUAUAUUCUUGGCAAUAUUAGCGUAACAUUGCGAUUUUACUUUAAACGUAUACUAUGGAAGGCCCAUAUUUCAAGCACAACCUUCGAAAAUGCAAAGCUAAACACUAGUAAUAAUCAGAAAACUAACUUCAAGUUGUUGGACCAUAAAAUAGGUUAAUUUUAUCGAUCGUUGAGUAAAAUAAAAGCAGAUUAAGAAAGCUGUUGAAACCAGAUUGUUGCAUUUAGAAAAACUCGACUAAGCUGUCAGAUAUUUUAGAAAUAUUGCUUUCAAUUAUUUAUUUUACAACUAAUUUUUGAACAUUCCAACAUGUCAUUACAAUGAUUCCUAUAUUAUUAAGUAUUUCUAUUUUUUUCCCCAAUACUGCUUAUAUGUUUGUUCUGAAGUUACUGACACAGGGUGCACGAUACUAUUCUAUGAAUCCUGUGAUUUUGGAAAUGUUGAAGUUCACACAACACACUGUAUUAUUUAAAUUCUGCUUUUAUGUUUCUUAUUAAUAUCUUUCCAUCUUAAUAUUCUUCAGUAUUGCAUGAUAUGUUUUCAGAAAGGAUUGGGGUAAAGUCAAUUUCAUCAAAAUUUUAUUAUGCCAGUCUUGCCUUUAGCCAUGAUUCUUGACCUUGAUUGGCAGUUUUAUCAUUUUUGUUUAUUUCUUUUCGGUAUUUUAAAUCAUUUUAUCUUGUAACAUUUAUAAUUUUUUUAAAUUUGAAAUUGAAUGUUAAAUUUAUAAUAUUAAUUAAGUGAUUUUAAGUUUUAAAACUUGGGAGCUUGGCAAGGGUGUUUUGUUAAUGUUUGGUGGUCUCUAGCCCUAUUCCUUAAAGUGUCUGAUUUUUGUGGGAAUGCACUCAAACAUUGAGCAGUAGCCCCUUUUCUACCAUAUUACACAAUACAAUUAAUGCUUCUGAAACAUUGCCAUCGAGUUGAGUGGACCCCCUUUUAUUUCCUUGAAUGCAAAAUGUACCUGUUACUUGGUUGUUACUGUGAAAAAAGAUAUUGCUCAAUUUUUUUCUACAUGUCCUAUAUUUCAACUCUAAUUUUGCUGUUUUUAUAUAUUUAACUUUUCAUAUGACAUUCGUUACGUUUUUUUAUUAAAAUAUUGGCUGAUGUUGGGGUGGUCAUAUUAGAUAUUCAUGUUUGCUCAUUGCUCUUGUAUGAUCGGAAUUAGAACUUAAUAUUACUGGUUUUGAAUUGCUGAAUGUCUGGCAAAUUACUCAACAAUUGGUCACAAACUGCAUACCGCUUCCAUAGUGAAACCCGGUAGAGAAGGGUUGGGACAUCUUUCCGAUGUGUUAUUUAAAUAUAUAUUUCUUGUCUGUUCUGUAAUCCCACAUAAUGUGAUUGUAUAUGUGUCUAUUUGUCAAAUAUAUGAAUAGUAGGAUAGUA